AUCAUCAUCCGUUCGUCCUCCCAUGUCCCAUCCCUACCGCUACCGGCUACCUCAUCGCCGAUCUCGUCACGCCAUCGCGCCCAUCGCCCUGCCGCCGAGUUCUUUAUAUUAUCAAAAGUCUAGCCCUCCGCGAACCACCGCGAGGUCCACGCCGCGGGCGAGCCGUCCAAAUCCGCGCGAUAAGAACCAAGCCAGCCUUGCUGUGCCGCCGUUUCGCCCUUCCGCUGCCGCACCACCUCCUUAUAUAAUACACCAAAGAGAAUGGUGCCGUUCCGCUUAUACCGCCACCUGAUCCCGCAACUGGCAGCUGCAGCCAGGUCGCCCUCCGCGCCCAAGGCCGCCGCCUCCUGCGCUCCCCGCCGGAUCCCGCCACUGCCGGCCCUCGCAAUGGCGGCCUACGGCACCGGUGUUUGCGCGGACAGCAAGCUCCUCUUCAGGCAGCUGUUCGAGAAGGAGAGCUCCACCUACACCUACCUCCUCGCCGACGUCGGUGACCCCGAGAAGCCCGCCGUGUUGAUUGACCCUGUUGACAGAACAGUUGAUAGAGAUCUCAAUCUUAUCAAGGAAUUAGGCUUGAAACUCAUCUACGCUAUGAAUACUCAUGUACAUGCUGAUCAUGUCACUGGAACAGGACUAAUAAAAACUAAGCUACCAGGAGCCAAAUCUGUUAUUUCAAAAGCUAGUGGAGCAAAGGCCGACCAGUCUGUUGAGCACGGGGACAAAAUAUACUUUGGGAAGCUUUUCCUUGAGGUGCGAGCUACUCCUGGCCAUACUGCUGGCUGUGUGACUUAUGUAACAGGUGAUAGUCCUGAUCAACCCUCACCAAGGAUGGCUUUCACUGGGGAUGCCUUAAUUAUACGUGCAUGCGGAAGGACAGACUUCCAGGGAGGAAGCUCCGAUCAGCUGUACCAAUCAGUGCAUUCACAGAUUUUCACUUUACCGAAGGAUACCCUGCUUUAUCCUGCCCAUGACUACAAAGGUUUCACGGUAACUACUGUCGAAGAGGAGGUUGCCUAUAAUGCCCGACUAUCAAAAGAUAAGGAAACUUUCAAGACGAUCAUGGAAAACCUGAACCUGUCUUACCCAAAGAUGAUCGAUGUCGCUGUACCUGCCAACAUGGUUUGCGGCUUCCAGGAUCCACCAUCGAAGGUCUGAGGUGUUCCAGCUGAAGCAGCUUUGCAAGUGGCGGUGCUCCUGCUCCUGGUUGUUGUGAAGUCAAGAUCAGAUCAAGAGGGCUUGCGGCUGCGUUGUACAUGAAAUAAUUUGUCUGCGUUGUACAUUAAAUAAUUUGUUGGCUGAUGCGGCCUCUGUCUCCGUUUGACUUUACCGCCUGAUCAUCAUCAUAUAUCAACGAGAAGAAGACAGUUCGUUUAUUUAGAAACAA